AUGUGUGAUCGUGAAGAAGAGGAGGAGCUUCACGCAACCUAUUCGAGUGAGAUGACUGACUCUGACAGUGAUUCCGCCGCCGCUUCCUUUGUUAUCUCCGUUCGGAAAACCACCCUCAAAACUGAGGUUACGGAGGGAGGCGGUGAAGCCCCUGAUGAGGAAUCAAGAUUUAGAUUAUAUAGACAUUGCGGCAAAGGGUUUGAGUCGAGCAAGGCAUCGUAUGGCCAUAUUCGGAUCCAUAGUCAGUAUGGUGCUAGGUCAAAACUUGAAACCCGCCACAUCGACAGUCGAAGAGAACGUAAUUCUCCGGAAGAAGAUGAAGACGAUGGGUUCGGUUGUUUUGUUUGCAACGAAAGUUUUACGUCGGUGCAGUUGUUGUGCCGGCAUACGAGAACCCAUCGGCAAUCAAAAAUACCGCUACUGGUCUCAAACUGGAGAAAGAUUGUUAAAGGGUUUGUGAGCAACUCCACCGUCAAAAAAGGGAUUGAGAGCACAGUGAACGACGACAACUGGUCUCAAAGUACUGGAGAAAGAGGGUUGAAGAAAACUACUAGCGAUGACGAUGAUGUAACUCAGGAUGCAGUGCCCUUGAGGGUUUAUCACGGUCACAUGGAAACAAGGAAGAAGAGAAAGAUUGAAGAGACCUCAACGGAGGGAAUUGCCGAUGGUACUGAGAGCCCAGUGGGAGAUUUCAUGGCAAUAGAUAGGUUUGGCAAAAAGUCGAAAUCCAAGUGUGGAAUGAAGAAAGCUAAGGUGAUGAAAAGUGUGCAUCAAUGUGAGAUAUGUGGCAAGACUUACACAACUGGUCAGGCACUGGGUGGUCAUAAAACCUACCAUCGGGUGAAGGAUUCAUCCAAGGUGGAGUUAGUGCAGCCAAAACCCAAACAAGAAUGA